AUGUCGGAAGAUCUUGAGCCUCUUCUCGACCGUAUCAGGACACAUAUUUAUCUUAAUGGAGAUCGUCCUGAAGAAUGGUUUUUAGAUUUCGAUAAGCUUAGAAGCGGAAGAGUUACUGCACAACAAUUUAUUCGUGUUCUUAAUAAUAUUAAAAUUCAGCUUACACAAGAAGAGUAUGACGCUCUUGCAAAUCAUUAUGCUGAAAAUGGACAAGUGAAUUACAGGCAUUUCUUAGAUGAAAUCCAUGAUAUCUUUACAAACUUAAAUUUGGAACAUGAACCCCACGGAACAUUAAAGAAUUCACGCGAAAUUGUUGCUAAGACUCUUAAGACUAAUAUUCAAAACCUUGAUAACGAAAUGGUAGCACUUCUUUCCAAAUUAGCCUAUCAAGUUCGUACAAGAGCAAUUCACAUCAGAGAAGCUUACAUGGAUUUCGAUCCUCAUAACAAUGGACGCGUUACACAAUCCCAAUUCCUUCGUGCAAUGCCAUUUACAGAUCUCAGCACAGCAGAGUUGAAUCUUCUGGUCAAAACAUAUACAGAUCCAUCUGCUAAGGAUGUCAAUUACCGUAAGCUUCAUCUUGAUGUAAAUCAAGCUCUCGAAGCUUAUAAAUCAAAUGCUGUUACGGAUAUGGUUAAUAAAGGCCUCUUACCGCACCAGUUGCUCAGCCUAUCUGUAAAUUCAAAGAAACCAGCAGGAACAGUCUUGGAUUGCAUUACAAGAUUCGCAAGAGUUGUUCGUGAACAAAGAAUCCGUAUUUACGACUUCUUUUCCGCUCACGAUCCACUUAACCAAGGCCUUAUUACUCGUUCCAAGUUCGAAGGAACAAUUACAGUAUUAGGCUUCUCAUGGACCGCGGAAGAGAUCAACUACCUCAGCGAGAAGUACAGAGAAGUACAAGCAUCAACAGAAUACGUCAGAUAUCGCGAGUUCUGCAAGGAUGUCGAAGAUGCUGAAAAUGCAACACUCACAUCUUCAGUUCAGACACUCGCUGUCACAUCUGAACCAUCGCAAGAGCUCAAGCGUAUCUUAGAUAACGUCAGACAUACAGUAAUUCGCUUCAGAAUCAAUGUUCUUCCAACAUUUCAGAAUUUCGACCGUCAAAAACGCGGAUUUAUCACAGAACCUCAAUUCCAUCGCGCUCUUUCAACACUUAAGAUCAACAUUACUACUACAGAACUUGCUGAAAUCGCUCGUUUCUACGGAUCUGAUGAAGGAUUAGAUUAUUUCAAGUUCGUUGAAGAUGUUGAUCCCAGCCAUUCCCAGUCCCGUCGUGUCUACAAGCCAUUGGGUACAGACAAGCAGUCAAUUAUGGAUGUUUACGGUCAUACUCCAACCGGAGAUUUAUUCAUUACACCAGACAAAGCCGACGAACUGAUUUACAAGUCCAAACGUGGUCUCAUCAAGAAGAUCGAUGAGCACAAGGACAUUUCCUCGCUGAUGUUCGCCAUGAAACAGUGGGCAAUUGUAAAUUCAGUACAAUUUAGUGAUUUCUUCACUGAUUUCGACAAAUUGAACUGUGGCGAAAUCCCCGCUUCACAGUUCAGAUCCGGAUUAUCUUUGUCUACCUACAAAGUCACCGAAGAUGAGUUUGAUCUCAUUGUAGAUUCAUAUUCAUCAGAUACGAGACAAGGAUUUGUUUGUUGGCGCAAAUUCUGCAACGAUAUCAAAGAAGCCAUUGCUCCAUUGGAUUUAGAGAAGACUCCUACAGUUACACCAGCUGUUCCUGCAGAGAAAUACCAGACGAGAUCAUUAGUUUUGAGGCCAGAAAAAGACAUGACAUCAAAUGUCGAAGAAAUCCUCAAAAACGUUGCAAACUUUGUUCGUUCAAGACGUCUUUCUCUUAUUGAACAAUUCAAAGAUAAAGACAGACUCAAUCACAAGCGAACAUCAGCAACAGGAUUCGCACAAGUCAUUCAGUUAAUUGGUGUUCACAUUUCCAAGAACGAAAUCGAUACUUUGUGCACUUUUUAUAAUGAUCCAAACACUAAUUUCGUUGAUUACGUUCGAUUCUGCCAAGAUGUCGAACAGAGAACAGGCCAAAUCUUUGGAGAUACAGCAUCCAAUUCCAUUGUUAUCAACCAGAUUCCUCAGUACUCAAAAGAAGAAUCUCCAUACUUAGUUUCAGCGAAAUCAACUGUUCCUUCUGAUGACUACAACUGCAUAUUAAAGAGUUUGCAGACAUAUAUUUACAAGCGCCAGAUCAGAUUGAAUGAUUUCUUCAAAGCAUUCGAUCCAUUGAAUCGCGGCAUUGUUACUCAACAGAAAUUUAAUUCUGUUGUUGGACAAACUGGAUUGCCUUUAACUGCCAAACAAAUGGAUUUAGUUGGAUUCAGAUUUACUCCUCCUGGACAAUCUAAUAUGUUUGAUUACAGGUCAUUCUGCAAAGAAAUAAAUCAAAUCUUUGGACCAACGGAAUUAAACAAAGCUCCAACACCUGAAAACGACAAGAAAGUUGAUUCUCUACCUGAUCCAUCAAAGACAUUGCAAGUCUUAGACAUCGAACAAGAGAGACAGUUGAAUGAGAUCAUUAAGAGAAUGCACAACGAUGUUGUAACAAAGAGAAUGAACAUCCAGGAACAAUUCACUGAUUACGACAGAAUGCCAAGAAAGAACUACAUCACGAAACAACAGUUCAAGCAGUGCAUUGCUAGAUUAGGUUUGUCUACAAGUCCAAGAGAAUACGACAUCCUUUGCAAGAAGUACAGAUGCACUGAUCUUGAUGAUAUGAACUACAUGGCAUUUUGCAAUGAUAUCGAAGGUUCAUAA